AUGCAUUAUCUAAAAGGUUAUUUAUCUGGUGAGGCCGAACAGCUGCUCAGACAGAUACCUAUAGCAGAUUCAAAUUAUGAAAGGUGUUGGUCAUUACUUAAUUCUAGAUAUAAUAAUAAAAGAUAUUUGUCACAUUUUAUUUUGAAACGUUUAUUAAGUCAAAGAAAUAUUACAUCAGAGUCAGCUAAUUGUUUAAAAAAUCUUAUUGAUACAACUAAUGAUUGUUUAAGUUCAUUAACCAAUUUAGGUAUAAAUGUAAGCACUUGGGAUAUUAUUAUUAUUCAUAUACUUACCUUAAAGCUCGAUUCGGAGUCCAGGAAACAGUGGGAAUUUUCUGUAACAAAUAAUAAUUCAUCUGAAGAGCUACCAACCUUUAACCAAUUUUCUGAAUUCCUUACAAAUCGUUAUCGAGCCUUAGAGUUCUUGGACACCAAAUCAGCUACUGUAACCAAAGAUUCUCAAUAUAAUAAUAAUGUAAAUAAAUUUAGAACUUUUGUAGCUUCAGCUAAUAAGAUUCAAUGUGCAUUUUGUUCUGAGGAUCAUAGGAUUAUACAUUGUAAGCGUUUUUCUAAUGAAACUGUAGACGCUCGACGCAAUUUUGUCCAAACCCAUAACAUAUGUUUCAAUUGCUUAGGGAAUAAUCAUUCUGCCAAAUCCUGCCAAAGUUCAAACAAAUGCCGUAUUUGCAAACGUCAGCAUCACUCGCUAUUACAUCCACCAAGUUCAGGUAUUUCUGGAGCCAACGCUGAAACAACUAAAAAUAAUAAUGGUAACAUUGGUUCAUCAAGUUCAGAAUCAAACAACGAGAUGGAGUCAACUCCUUUAGCAACGUUCUUUUCGACAGGACUAGUUCGUAAUCAGGUGUUGCUAGCCACUGCGUUAGUCAAGGCCGCGUCGAAAACGGGAGAACAUUAUAUAAUUCGAGCGUUGUUAGAUCAAGGGUCACAGACGUCAUUCGUAACUGAAGCGACAGUCCAAUAUCUGGGACUAAAGAAAAUUCCUAUAAGGGAACAAGUUUCAGUUUUAGGGGGUAAUAGUAAUGUGUCACCAAAAGCAAUGGUCUUUAUUCAACUUAAAUCAAUGAUUGAUCCAAAUUAUAAUAUCACAGUAAAGGCUUAUGUUUUGAAAACAAUCACUAGUUUUCUUCCAGCCAAGAGAAUAACUGCAUUGAAAUGGCUUGAAGCUCUUGAAAUAGAAUUAGCAGAUCCGAAUUAUCACACUCCAAACAAAAUAGACGUUUUGUUAGGUGCUGAAGUUUAUGACAAGAUAAUUCAGGAGGGUAUUAAAAAGGGACCUCAAGGUUCACCGGUAGUCCAGAACACAUCGUUUGGAUGGAUUGUCUCGGGUGAAGUAACUACAUCAACCAGGGAGGAAAAUCAUACGGAGUUCAAUACUUUUCAUUGUCGAACUGACGACAACGACAUGCUAAAACAAUUUUGGGAACUCGAAUCUGACCUGGAACUAACAAAGCAACAAAGAAUGACACAUGAAGAACAAGUUUGCGAAGAACUAUUUGCUCGUACUACUGAAAGAGAUGAAGACGGUCCUAACAUGGCUGUGGAUGGGCAUCGUUUGGACCUUUGUCAUCGUAUGAAGAAGAAAAUG